CUGUUCUGUUCAAUUUUAAAUGCUGCCUUUUAUUCAUAUCAGGCUUUAGAACUCAGAAAGUAUUUCAAAAGCCUUGGUGCUGAAAUUUCCGAAGAGAAAUCUCCAAAGGGUAUUGAAGACGAUCUUCAUAAAAUAGUUGGUGUUUGUGAUGCGUGUUUUAAGGAAAACAAUGAAGCUGAUAUUGAAGCCAUACUGAACAGUAUAGUGUCCAUCAUGGUGUCGAUACCUCUUGAGAGAGGAGAAAAUCUUAUCCUGGCGUUCAGUCAGAGACUCACUAAGGCGCCUGGGCCUAAACUGGGCAUGGUCGCUCUACAAUCGUUAUGGCGCCUUUACAAUAAUCUGGAGUCCAAUUCUCCUCUUCGUUACCAUGUGUACUAUCAUGUUAUUGAGCUGGCUGCCCGAGUGGGCUCGGUGGGUGAAGUGUUUAAAGGAGUUGAACAGUUGAAGACAGAGUUCGCUACAUGCACACCAUCUAACGAACAGAUGCAGAAACUGUACAGGCUACUACACCAGGCGUUGCUUGGACAAAAUAGCGAGCUGGCAGCCAAGGUGAUGAUAGAGUUGCUCGGUACAUACACUGAUGAGAAUGCCUCAUAUGCUCGAGAGGAUGCCAUCAAGUGUAUAGUGACAGCCCUUGCUGACCCCAAUACCUACCUCUUGGACCCACUUUUGUCUUUGAAGCCUGUUCGCUUCUUGGAGGGAGAGCUCAUACAUGAUUUACUCAACAUCUUUGUGUGUGAGAAGUUAUCAAGCUACCUGACCUUCUAUAAGAAUCACAAGGAGUUUGUUCAUUCACAAGGUUUGAAUCACGAACAGAACGUUAAAAAAAUGAGGAUACUGACGUUCAUGCAGAUGGCUGAGACCAACCCGGAGAUAACAUUUGAUGAGAUUAUAUCAGAGUUACAGAUAGAAGAGAAGAAUGUGGAGGAGUUUAUUAUAGAAGUGUUGAAGACCCGUCUGGUGCGCGCGCGCAUGGACCAAUCAUCGCGUGCAGUGCGCGUGUCAAGCACUAUGCAUCGUACGUUCGGUCGCGCGCAAUGGCUGGCUCUGCGCGACGUGCUCCUAGCUUGGCGCGCAAACGUGCAUCAAGCGCACGAAUCCAUGAAAUCCGUGGCAGCCGCUCAGUUGGAAUACGCCUCACAGACACCCAAACCCUGA